GCACGCCCCGGCACGGCGGGCGUGCGGUGCCUCCUCCCUCGGCAGCAGCCGCCUCCGCUCCCCGCGCGGCCGCCCGGACACCCUGGGACCCCCCGGGGACCACCCCCCGGGCCACCCGCGCUUGGGUGAGAAGCGGCUCGGCCCCGGCGCUGUCCCCAGGGGGGGCACCAUGCUACUUCCCGAGGUGUGCGGCGGCGGUGGGACGCCGCUCCGGGCCGGGGCCGCGGCCCCGCGGGGCAAGUCGGAGGGAGACCUGGGAGAGGGGGGCCCGGGGGAUGGCGGCGAGGGCAGGCAGGCCUCCGACCUCCCGCCUCGGCGGGCUCCGCGCCCUUUCCUACGCGCCCCGCGACGGGCCGAGCCCAGCUCGCUGUCCCCGCAGCCUGCAGGGCUGCUCCGCGCCUCCCCGCCGAGCCGUGCCCGCCGGGGGGGGUGGGGGGGGGGCACCGGCCCCUCGGGGCAACUUGUGAUCGGGAUCCGUCCCCUCCGGGAGGAGAUGCAGGUUCUGAAACCGGCCCUUCAUUUGCGGCUCGGGGGAGACCGCCUACGUCGCCCCCAUUCCCGUCUCGUCCUCCCGGGCUCCCAGUGAAAAGGCUGUCACUUGGGCACGGCCCUAGGUAUUAAACUUGUAUUUGGUCCUUUUUCUUCUUUUUUUCUUUUUUUUUUUUUUUUUAAUAAGGUUUGGGGCUGGUCGGUUCGUUGGGGUUUGGGGUUUUUUUGGGCCGAGUCCCGCCGAGCGAGCUGCGUGCCCGCCAGCUGCCUCCCGCCCGUCGGAGCUGCGGGGAGUGAGAUUUAUUCUUAGCAGCCACUUCGCGUAGGGACGGCAGCGCCCCGCGGCCGCGGAGCUGACUCCGGGCGGGCAGGCGCCGCUCCGCGCCCCGGCAGCCUCCGCAUCUCCGCGCACCCGCCCGCGCGGUCGCGGAGGGACAAGGGGUGCCCCUCGCGCGGCCGCGACCCCCGCGGGUCUCCAGUCCCCGCGGCGCGGGUGCGGUCCUCCGCGCGUCUCCCCGCUAACGCGGGCGCGGCCAGCUCCGCGGGCGCGGUGGCCGGGGCUCGCGCUGCCUCCCGCUGCGGCGCCAACGGCUCCGGCGUCUCCGCCGCGUAGGUCUGGCGUGGGGCUGCGCGGGUGCGCGCCCGUGUGUGCGUGCACCUAGAGCAGAUCAUUGGAGAGGGUUUCCAGAAGGUGGAAAAUGUCACCUGAUUCACACUGAACUUUUUAAAUCUCCCCACCCCCGAGCAGACACACACACACAUUAGGAGACCGCCCACCGCAGACAGCUAAGACCCCCGUAUAGAUUUAAAGAGAGACUGCAUUCAGAGCCUGACGUUCAUUCAAUAGAGCGAUCAUAAGCAGGCUGGCUAGUGCUCGCUCCCUCUCCCUACUCCCCCUCACGCUGUUUCUGUGUCUCUCACUCCCUGCUAUACUGAGGAUGUUAAAUCAGAGAAUCCACCCGGGCAUGCUCUUACUCCUGAUGUUUCUGUGCCACUUCAUGGAAGAUCACACAGUGCAGGCUGGGAAUUGCUGGCUCCGGCAGGCGCGGAACGGCCGCUGCCAGGUCCUCUACAAAACCGACCUGAGCAAGGAGGAGUGCUGCAAGACUGGCCGCCUGACAACUUCGUGGACGGAAGAGGACGUUAACGAUAACACGCUUUUUAAGUGGAUGAUUUUUAAUGGGGGAGCCCCAAAUUGCAUCCCGUGCAAAGAAACGUGUGAGAACGUGGACUGUGGACCCGGGAAGAAAUGUAAGAUGAACAAGAAGAACAAACCUCGGUGUGUUUGUGCUCCGGAUUGCUCUAGUAUCACUUGGAAGGGCCCCGUGUGUGGCUUAGAUGGGAAAACCUACAGGAACGAGUGUGCCCUUCUCAAAGCCAGAUGUAAAGAACAGCCCGAACUUGAAGUCCAGUAUCAGGGCAAAUGCAAAAAGACCUGUAGGGAUGUUUUAUGCCCAGGCAGCUCCACAUGUGUGGUUGACCAAACUAAUAAUGCCUACUGCGUGACAUGUAAUCGAAUUUGCCCAGAGCCUACUUCCCCUGAACAGUAUCUCUGCGGGAAUGACGGCAUAACUUACGCCAGUGCUUGCCACCUGAGGAAAGCUACCUGCCUGCUGGGCAGAUCCAUUGGAUUAGCCUAUGAAGGAAAAUGCAUCAAAGCCAAAUCCUGUGAAGACAUUCAGUGCAGUGCUGGGAAGAAAUGCUUGUGGGAUUUUAAGGUUGGCAGAGGUCGAUGCGCCCUCUGUGAUGAGCUAUGCCCUGAAAGCAAGUCAGACGAGGCAGUCUGUGCCAGCGAUAACACAACUUACCCAAGCGAGUGUGCCAUGAAAGAGGCAGCCUGCUCCAUGGGCGUGCUUCUAGAAGUAAAGCACUCUGGAUCUUGCAACUGAAUCUGCCAAUAAAACCUGAGCCAUUGAUUCUUCAGAACUUUCUGCAGUUAUGACUUCAUAGAUUAUGUAUAAAAAACCUUAUUGCAUAACAGCAGAUGCCAAAGAGCAUCUCACUACAAGUCGCAUAAAAUGCAACGCUGUAUUGUGGCUGUUCAGAGGGCUUUGAAAACAUGCACUGAGCUGCUUCUGCGCUGUUGUUGUCCUUAUUUAAACAACAGCUCCCCUGUAUUCCCCCAUCUAGCCAUUAAUGAAGACCCAGAGGAUGAAGAGGAAGAUGAAGACCAGGACUACAGCUUUCCUAUAUCUUCCAUUCUAGAGUGGUAAAACCUCCAUCACUAUUGGAACAGCCAUUGGGCACGAAAUCAAUGUCCAUACUGUAAAUAAGUGUAUGCUUAUUUAUUUUGGGGAGAAAAAAAGUAUACAUAUAGUUGAGUCUCGUAGACAUUUAUUUAUACUGUGUCAUGUUUUAUAAUUUAUACAUAAAAUGUCUGGUUGACUGUACACCUUGUUUUUUGAAGAAAUUUAUUCGUUACGGGAAGAGCAGUGUUAUUUAUUGUGAGGUCUCUUACUUGUAAAGUAAAGCUUUUCUUUUUCCUUGUAAACUGUAAAAGUCCAUUCCUUAGAGCUUACCCACAUGAUCUCACCUCUUUGUUUCACUGAUGUUAACUCUUUUCCACUUAACAACUUGCAUGUCGGUUUCUGUUAUGUUUAUUUAUUGGAUUUUCUUCUUGCCGGUUCUGUACAUAAAAGAUCCCUCGGGUUUUUGUUUACAAGGAAUCUUGACUGACCAAAAGGCGUUGCAACUGGCUUAAGUAUACUUCCAGGGUGCAGUGAGGCGAUCUUUAAGGAAACUUCUCACACUUCACUUUUCUCUCCUUCUGAUCACAUCAUGUACUGAAGUGAUCUCAAUGUGCUGAGCGAUUAUACUGUACUAUAGAAAUUUCGGACCCAAAGAAAUCGGAUUAUGAAGGUUGUUAAUAGCUACAGGGCUAACUGUAAUAAGAAUAAAGGUUUUAUUUUAUUUGUAUUGUUUUAUUUUUUGUAACAUGCAUAAGUUUUAUCAGGUGUUUCCUUUAAGAUGGUCUUGCAGUACCACUUUCAAAGUUUUCUUUUCCCAAUCAGUGUGUCACUAAAAUUAUAUCAAAGCUUUAUCAGUUCAAGUUUCUUGCUUUUCAUAAUACUUUUUUUCUGAUGCAAUUUUAUAUUUUCAAACAUGGCGAGUUAAAUAUAAAUUCAUUUAAAUAUAUAGUUUUGUACUUUUCUACCAUGUAAAUGUGCAAUGUAUAUAAAAGUUAUAAUGUGUAUUUGUAAAUAAAUGAUGAGUGAAAAAAUAAAAAAUGGAAUUUUCCC